AUGGAUAAAGAAACUUAUGAAACAUAUGAGUACCUCGAAGCUGAUAGCGGCGACAAUGAUACAAGCGAAUUUUUUGUUGUCCAAGGCGAUGGAACGUUUCUUAGUGUAGAUAGGCCUAUUCAAUAUGUAAGGCAAGUCGAGAGUGCUAAGGAUAAUUUGGACGACAGCCAGUCUUGUGCGGUAUAUGAUGUCACACCUCAACAGUUUUAUGUUGAUGUUGAUGAAUCCUCUGAACUUAUAUCAGUUUCAGACCAAUUUAUUCUGCCUGGUGGUGACAAUAAUCCAUACUCUAAUAGUUUUUUACUACAAUCAGCAUCAAAUAGCAAAGAGGGUCAUGUUGAACAGAUGGAUGAAGACACAAUAGAGGACACAAAAGAGGAUGUAGCAAAUACCACACUAUCUGAAGGAGGCAACAACAAAACUAAUGGUGAUUGUACUGAGAUAACAUUAAGCGAUGAACAAUAUCAAUUAUUGAAGAGAAAAGGAUGGAUAUUAUUGGAAAUAAAUGACAAAGUGUUCUUGCUAGAUACAUUGGGAUUACAUGAUAUAACAGCGGACGAAAAAUUAAUUCAGAAGCUAAAGAAUGAAAUUGAAGAUGAUAACAAUGAAGAUAUCAACCAAACUCCUGUUAAAAUUGAAGAAACUUAUAUUGAACCUAAGUAUGAAAUGACGGAAGGUGAUGAAAAUAAUGAAGAAGAGACACUUCACUUUAUUGUUGAAGGUGAUCAAAUUAUUGCUGAUGGUAAUUCACAGGAGGUCUCGGAAUACUCUGAGAAUGAUCAUGAAAUAUUGCAAGUUGAAACAAUAGAGGAGGAACAAGAUGAGGCAAUCAGAGUUGAACAUGACUAUGUGCAACUAAAUUCUGUGAAAGAUACAAAAUGCAAAAGAGAGAAUGAUGUUUUGAGAUUAAAAACCAAAUUCUCAUUCAGAGACAUUCCAUCAGAAAUAGUAUUGGGGAAAACAACAACGGGAAAAAAAUUGGUGGCUAGAGUAGUUAAGACUGAGGCACCGGUGGAUCCAAAACAAGCAAAUUUAAAACUAGCCCAACAAAAUGGACAACAGCAAUGUACAACAACUUUAGAAGAAUUCAAAUUCGAAAAUUUAAUUCAACAAGCUCUAAGAGGCUAUGACACAUGUAGUGUGAAGGACAUAUCAGCGGCCGAGACAGUUGUUGAACAACUACUACGGGUACCAGAAUUCAAACCGGCGAUUAUUGAACGACGAUUGAUGAUUACUAAGGUGGUUAUACUGCAAGACACAUCAGGUAACGUGUUCAAGGAGGGCAGGGCAACCCUAGUGACGGGGCGAGCUGUACUCGAGGGUACACGCGGCUGGCGGUUCAUGUUCCUGCCUACUAUGCUGCCGCGACUGCUUGGAGAGGAAGACGAUGAUGAUGACGAAUUACAAGAAAGAUCUGAGGAAUUAGAUGACGAUAUUUUCUUGCACAUCCAUAUAAGAGAGACAAAAGAUUCUGAUGGCAUCACCAGAAUUUCAAUAACUCUUAAUAAGAGACAUAUUCCUAUAAAAACGAUGACUGAGAUGAAAUCUCGCUAUCCCAAAACUGUUUUCGCGUGUAGUGCUUGUGCUGCUGUAUAUAAAACAGAGGAGGGACUCAGGCUUCACCAAGAGACUGAAUGUAUGGAGACUGAAACACCUCUAACCAUAGAUGCUGAUGACACAAGCAAUUUAUAUAGUGUCAUUGGUACUGUUAAAGAGAAGCAAUAUAUUUGUAAUCAGUGUCAUUUGGUAUUUAACAAAUUGAGUAAUUGCCAGCGGCAUGUUAAGUUCCAUUAUAAACAAGAUCCGGAGAACUCCAGACAAGAAGUUCCAAAGAAAACUGAAGGUGCUUAUAAAUGCAAGAUGUGCCCGAGUACUUAUCAUCACGCCGCCACACUGUCAAAACAUAUUGUAUCUAAGCAUAUUAAAAUAAGGUCUACUUGA